CAUCGUAAUCCCAUCCGUUUAUAUAUAAUCCAAGACAAAACUUCACAUAUCAUCACAUAUAUACACAAAAAUCAAAAGAAGAAGAAACGUUAUGGCGAGCUUGCUAGAUAAAGCCAAGGACUUCGUGGCGGAUAAACUCACCACGAUCCCUAAACCGGAGGGUUCCGUUACUGACGUUGAUCUUAAAGACGUGAACCGUGACUCCGUCGAGUACUUGGCCAAAGUUUCCGUCACUAAUCCUUACAGUCAUUCCAUUCCGAUCUGUGAGAUCAGUUUCACUUUCCACAGCGCCGGCAGGGAGAUAGGAAAGGGGAAGAUACCAGACCCGGGUUCUUUGAAAGCUAAGGACAUGACAGCUCUUGAUAUUCCGGUGGUGGUGCCGUAUAGUAUACUCUUCAACCUGGCUCGAGACGUUGGUGUGGACUGGGACAUUGACUACGAGCUUCAAAUAGGUCUCACCAUUGACCUCCCUGUCGUGGGCGAGUUUACCCUCCCUAUUUCCAGCAAGGGUGAAAUCAAGCUUCCUACUUUCAAAGAUUUCUUCUGAUCUUUUUGAUCUAGCUCUACUUGAUGACCUCUAAAAGCCAUCAUCGUUAUUAUAUAUGGUGACGAUGAUACUGCAUGUAACGAAUGGGUCUUGCCUAUAUAUAUAAUCAAUAAAUGUUAAUUUUUGUCAUAUCAUGUGAUAUAAUAAUUAAAUCAAUGUUUUAUGAUUUCAGUUA